GGCACCGUCAGUAGCGAUCGUCGCGUCAAAGUGGUAGCAUCUGGUCUGCCAGUUGUCGGGUACUACAGGGAUCACCGCAAGUGUGGGAACGCACGUGAGGAAGGGUGAUCGUCGCGAAAAACUGUCACACUGAAAAGUUAUUUUAGGGUGGCGCGUGGUUGGAGAAAAAAAGUGUUCUAUUUUAGUGUUUUACCGGUUUUUAUUAACUCAGUUGUUGUUGAUUCAACGCGCCGCGAUUCAGCUCAACUCCACAAUGAAAGUGUACGUACAUAAAAGCAUUCCAGUGCGACGACAUGGUUGAGCAACAUGGUAAUGUGAAGCAUUGAUUGCAUGCAGUGACCGGUAGUGUUUUGGAAAAAAAGUGUUUGCAAUCAUAACAGAGAGUAACAUAACAGACUUAUAACAUCAAGCUCGAAACUGCAUACGACGCAAACUACGCUGGCGCGAAGGUGUUAAUUGGUUGUAUACCUUGAGGAAGAGAUUUAUCAUCAGAAAUCACCAGAAAAUAAACUCUCUGUGAUGUAGUUUGGCGAAAUCACCGUGUUUCGUACUGAAAAGUUCAAAGUCAGGAAACCACUGCCAAAAUUACUUAGAAUAAAAAACGACUAAACCAACCAACAAAACCAUGAAUCGGAGAAGAGUGUUGAGGGCGCUGCUAGCGUUGAGUUGUGUUCAGCUGGUGAUGGUAGCCGGAAGUGGUGUGGAUGGUAGUGCAGAACACCGAGAGCAUCCGACGACGGUAUCGGGUGGAUCGGUUGGCGCAGGAGCAGGGUCAGCUGCAGAGAAUAAGUUCCUGAAGUAUUUGUUCAACAAGUAUGGCAGCAAGGGAGUGAUAUCGUUUGAGGGCCUGGAACACCUGAUGCACAGUCUGGGUCUGGGCGGGUUGGAUUUCACCCCGUCCCACACGCUGGACGAACAUCGCCCGGAAGGAUUCCGCACGGACGAUCUUCUGAAGGAUCCCUUCACGACCCCGGAAGAUGAUCAUGAGGUGGACGCGAAGGUCACCGUUGCGUUCAACGGGAUCGACGACCACGGACGACCCCAGUACAGUACGGUGCAGCAGGGUAGUACGGCUGCGCCGGAGGAAGGGACACUUCGGAAUCGGAGGGAGCAGCAGCAGGGUCACGAGGCGAUCAUCAACGGGUCCGACUGGAUCCGGGAGCUGAACGAGGUGGUGUCACCGUCCACGGAGAAGGUCCAGGGCGGCAAUAAAACUGAGCAGCAGCAAGCUGAUGAUGAAGAUAAAACGCUCAAGUGGCACAAUGAGAUAUGGCAGGAAAUUAUCUUCAAAGAUAUUCACGAUCCUCAGCAUCGUCAUCCGAGACGUGACGAUCACCGAAAAUCCUGCCUCUCGCCAAUGUCCAUGGUCCACCUGGUGCUGGAGGAACCGAGCAACUUUGAGGGAAUGCUGCGUGAAAACUUCAACUUUGGCCAAGAGUUGAGGCACCACUUGCAACGUCGUCGCCGACGAUCGCUGCCCCACGCCCACCACCAUAACCAUCAGGAGGGGGAGGAGGACGGGCAGGAUGAGGAGUGGGACCACGAGGUUGAGGAGAUUAUCGCUGCGAGGAUCAAGAUCACCCCGGCGACGUUCAAAGACCUGUGUCCGGCACUGUUGGCCCAGAUUGACCAGCGAGCGUGCCACCAAAAGCUGAGGGAUCAACCGAUGAUCGAGAAGAAGUUGUUUGGGCAUGCAUGGAUCUACGCCGUGAUCUGCGUCACGAUCAUCUCCAUUUGUGGGCUGGCUGGCGUCGCGAUGGUUCCCCUUGCCAAGUCGGUUGCGUACGAUGAGAUUUUGAGAUUCCUGGUAGCUCUCGCCGUUGGAACCUUGUGUGGAGAUGCCCUGAUGCACCUUCUACCCCACGCCCUCAUAACUCACGGCGAUCCAGAAGAUCCUCACCAACCUUCCGGUGACGAUCACGGCCACUCCCACAGCGAUGAGCCCGUCUGGCUGUGCUGCUGUGCCUUCCUGAGUGCCCUCUUCAUGUACACCCUGGAAACGGUGCUGCCCUUGCUGCGAUCAGUCGAAGGUCACGGAGGAGGUCACCACGGCCAUGCGCAUGGUCGGGCCAAGGUGGCCCCAGCUCCAGAACCCACACCUUCAGACCUGCAUCAGGUCCGACGCAACACCAACGUGACCGACGACAUCGAGCUGGACCUGCAGGACAGUCGGAAGAAGGAACUCAACACGAUGCUGGAGAAGAAGCAGGUCGAGCAGCAGCCGCUGAGUCCGGUGGCGUUCAUGGUGAUCCUCGGCGAUGGGCUGCACAACGUGACCGAUGGGUUGGCCAUUGGGGCGGCGUUCGCGGCAGACCCGGUUACGGGAAUGGCCACCUCGCUGGCCAUCUUGUGCCACGAGCUACCUCACGAGCUGGGAGAUUUCGCGCUACUCCUGCAGACCGGAGUUAGCAUAAAACGGGCCAUGUUCCUCAAUAUCGUGUCCUCGAUUCUUAGUUUUGCCGGCAUGUUCAUCGGACUGCUGGUGACCGGGCUGCACGAGUCGGUCGUCCGGUGGAUCUACGCGGGGACGGCCGGCACGUUCCUGUACAUUGCGCUGGCCGAUCUUGUGCCGGAGAUGAACCGAGAUCUGCACGAUCCGGCGGUGGAGGGUCAGCGGUGCAAAAAGUUGCGCCUCAUUUGGUCCCAGAUCGCGGGGAUCUUCCUGGGUGGGAUGAUUAUGCUGGUGAUUGCGCUGAACGAGGAUCACUUGCGGGUGCUGUUUGAAUAAAUUAUGUUGACUAAUUUUAACAAAA